GAUUUGUGUCACCAGGGCUGCUCUACUAUUUGGGCAUUUCGAAGCCUUAUCAUUCUAAGCAAAGAUACCCCCUGUACCUGAUUACGAACUUCUAGCAGUUCUAGACAAAUUGGGGAUUCUCAAGAGACGAUCUUGAGCGGCCAGUCUGUUCCCCCGUGAGCUCAUAUCCCUCCCAAGUCACCGCCGUUUCCGCCAACCAGUCGAUCCUGCCGAUGUUUCGACUCCACGAGAAGCUUUCAUUGUGACAUGACGGCUUUAAGUGCCAUGGUUCGUUGGACAUGCGCGAACCUGAUCUAGCUACACCCGUCGCGGAGACCAUGGCUUCCCACAACGGUCUGGUGUCCGGUGGAUUGGGGCUACUUGACGUGAGCCGCCGCAUGCCUGCAACUCAAGAGGGGGACCAGUCUACACCACAUGACAUACCCGAAGAUGGAGGUCGUUUCCCAUCAAGCUCCGUCCUCAAACAACCGUCGCUGCUCAGCGGACCAGGUCGAGGGCAGCAAAAUGGGCCGUCUACCCCAAGAAUAAUACCUCAAGAGGCGGAAGACUACUUGACAGCGAGACCAAUUGCCUUGUUACAGCGCACAAAGAGCGACCUUGGGCCAAGACGCAAAGAGGCCCUCCCGAAGGUCGCCGCAGAAGACAAACUGGCGCACAUUCGACAUGGCUGGGAUGACGAGUACACGUCGAAUGAAUAUCUGUCACUGUUACACUCGACAUUCUACAUGUACUACACGGAAAAGCGGCAUGAAAGCAACGGCUCGUUGUCUGAGGAAUCUAGACAGUUUCCCAGUGUGGAUUGGCGCAUGAAAGACCGCAUGAAGACUGUCUCCGCGGCUUUGGCUAUCUGUCUCAACAUCGGUGUGGAUCCUCCUGAUGUGAUCAAGACGAAUCCCACUGCGAAGCUCGAAGCCUGGGUCGACCCAACGGGAAGUAGUGGUGGCACGACAAAGACGAUGGAACAAAUCGGCAAACGCCUGCAGGAACAAUACGAGUCGCUAAGUCUGCGGACAAGAUACAAGCAGUACCUCGACCCUUCGAUCGACGAAACGAAACGAUUUUGCAUUUCAUUACGUCGUAAUGCGAAGGAUGAGAGGGUGCUUUUCCACUACAAUGGCCACGGCGUGCCGCUCCCUACUCCCUCGGGCGAGAUAUGGGUCUUCAACAAGAACUACACUCAGUAUAUCCCGGUGGGGCUUUACGACCUGCAAGCGUGGCUUGGAGGGCCUAGUCUUUUUGUCUAUGAUGUCUCUCAUGCUGGAAACAUUGUCUACAACUUCGACACGUUCCUGGCCAAGCAUGAAAAGGAAAAUGAGGAGCUCAAGAAACGAGAUCCCAACGCACCUAUUCAGAACUAUGGAGAUUGCAUCCAGUUGGCGGCUUGUGGGAGGACUGAGAUGUUGCCGACGAACCCAGAGCUGCCUGCCGAUCUUUUCACGUGUUGUUUGACGACGCCGAUAGAUAUUGCACUGAGAUACUUUGUUUUGCAGAAUCCACUUCCCAACGGACCUGCUAUCGAAGAUGGCAAAAUACCCGUCCCCGGCCGAUUACAGGACAGACGGAGUCCUCUGGGGGAGCUCAACUGGAUCUUUACCGCCAUCACCGACACGAUCGCAUGGAACAUCCUGCCCCGGCAUUUGUUCAAGAAGCUUUUCCGUCAAGACCUUAUGGUCGCAGCACUGUUCCGCAAUUUCUUAUUGAGUGAGCGUAUCAUGAGGGCAAACCAUUGUCAUCCUAUAUCAUCGCCCGCUUUGCCUGAAACACACCGUCAUCCUCUCUGGCAAAGUUGGGAUCUGGCCAUGGAGAUGGUGUUGGCCCAGCUCCCCAUGCUCCGUGAAGCCGAAGAGGGGAAACGUGUCUAUGAAUACCAACACUCGACAUUCUUUUCGGAGCAGCUUACAGCCUUUGAGGUGUAUCUCAGCUCCGGCCCCACCAAAGAUCGUGCGCCCGACCAGUUGCCGAUCGUUCUGCAAGUUCUCCUCAGCCAAGUGCAUCGACUACGUGCUUUGAUUCUGCUUAGCAAGUUCCUGGAUCUCGGACCGUGGGCCGUUCACCUAGCUUUGAGCAUUGGAAUCUUCCCUUAUGUAGUGAAGCUUCUCCAAGCAGCCUCCUUAGAGCUCAAGCCGGUGAUGGUCUUCAUCUGGGCUCGAAUCAUGGCGGUCGACUAUACUGUACAGAACGAUCUGUUGAAAGACAACGGUAUUCACUAUUUCAUAUCCAUCAUGAAUCCUCGUUCAGACAUUCCCGUCGGCAAUGCCAGCGAGCAUCGAGCCAUGUGUGCCUUUAUAGUGGCCACAUUCUGCAAGAGGUAUCCUCCAGGCCAGACAGUCUGCCUGCUGCCAGAGCUGUUCAAUGCCUGUUUACUCAACAUGGCAGAGCCCGAAAAUCCCUUGCUACGACAAUGGUCUUGUCUGUGUCUCAGUAUGUUGUGGAGCGACUAUGCCGAUGCAAAAUGGAUGGGUAUCCGUUGCAUGGCCCAUGCCAGACUCUGCGAACUGUCGCUUGAUCCCGUUCCAGAAGUUCGAGCGGCUAUGCUCCAUGCCCUCACCAACUUCCUUGGCAUUCCAGAUCUGACGGAUCAGGUGUCUCAGAUAGAAGAAGGAAUUGCCUCGUCGGUCCUUUUCAUGACGUCCGAUGGCAGCACAUUGGUGAGAAAAGAGUUGGUCGUCUUUCUUUCCCACUUUGUGAAGCGCUACGAGAACAAGUUUAUCGUGGUUGCCUACGAGCAGCUCGUGGAAGAAAGAGAGAGACACCCUCACAAGCAGUCCGAGUCGAGCGGCUUUGAAGCUGGUGAUUCUCUCAAGUGGAUGCCAAUCUCUACAAACACGAUUUACGGCUCGAUCUGGGUUCAAAUCUUGAUGCUGUCGGUCGAUCCACACCCAGAGAUUGCUCGGAAUGCUUCGGUCAUUGUCGACCAUGUGCACGACACAUUGAUCAACUCGCCCAUGAGUCAGAUGGCCUUGGCCGUUAUUGAUGACCUGCUGCGAUUCUCGAAGCGGGAAGAGUCCCAAGUUAAGAAAGUCCCUUCCCGGGAUUCGCUGAGGGCAGUCGAAAAACAGCCUGGCACCCCUCCUCCCACAUUGGCAAAGCAGCAGAGCUAUCUGUCACUAAGUCUGAAGAGGGCGGGCAGCUCACUUCGCAACCUCGCUUUUGGCACGGGUUCUCCCAAUCCUUCAGCUUCUUCCAAGGACAACAGUCCUCAAACAUCUCCCACCAAAACAAGGGAACUUGUUCAACCUGUCAAUACUCCUCGAAGUCGUCUCCCACCUGAGUGGAGCCGUCCACCCGAAACAUCUGAUGCGAGGAGUAACCCAGGAUCGUAUCAUUCUGCCGUUCUGCCUACUUCGGCAGGCUUUGUUCCCCAGGAUCCGAAAAGGCGACCCAUCUUCCCACUCCAGAGUACUUUGCUAGACUGGUCAACCGAAUAUUUCCGUGAACCACAGAUGAGACCCAAUGACCCGGACGAGCCGGGCUCGGCCGACUACAACUCCAGACUCUGGCGGCGCAACCGCAACGAAAAGAUCAUCGCCGACAAUCAGCCCCUGAAGGCCGUAGCGGGAAGCUCCAAAUGGACCCGCUACGAAGGGUUUCUCAACAAUCAGAGCCAGCCGAUGAAGAUGACAUUUCAUCAAUUUGACAACCACCUUGCCGUCACCGACGACAAGGACACCGUCACUAUUUGGGAUUUUCAGAACAACGAACAACUGAGUCGGUUCAGCAAUGGAAAUCCUACAGGAAGCAGGAUCAACGAUGCAAAGUUUUUGAACGAGGAUGACCAACCUCUUUUGAUGGUGGGUAGUUCCGACGGCGUUCUCAAGGUUUACCGGAACUAUCAUAGUUCAACGGACGUCAAGGUGAUUACUGCAUUCAGGGCCUUGACAGAGCUGAUCCCUAGCAACAAGAACGCCGGAUUAGUCUUUGACUGGCAACAAGGACAAGGAAAAGCGCUUGUGGCAGGGGACGUCAAAGUGAUCAAAGUGUGGAAUGCGGCGACAGAGCUUUGCGUUGGAGACAUUCCAGCACGCAGUUCUAGCUGCGUAACCAGCCUGACUAGUGACCAGGUGGCAGGACAGAUCUUCAUCGCGGGUUUUGGAGACGGUGUGAUCCGCGUGUUCGACCAGCGGCUCAACCCUCGGACUGCGAUGGUCAAGCUCUGGCGCGAACACAGACAGUGGAUCACGAACAUUCACAUGCAACGCGGUGGUGUACGGGAACUAAUUUCGGGAAGCAGGAAUGGCGAGGUGAAAUUGUGGGAUCUGCGGAAUGAUAAGGCCGUUCUGACGUUGAACGCGACAUCAUCAACUCCUUCGCCCUUGAAGCCCGAGCAUGGCAGAGAUGGUACGAGUGCAUUUGGGAGUACCAGCUCCGCGGCAUCUCUGGCGGGAGGCUCGACGACUCUGCUACGCAGUCUCUCCGUCCAUGAACACGCUCCAGUCUUCGCCGUGGGCACCGACAAGCAUGAAGUGAAAUCGUUCAAUACAAAUGGGGACACGUUGGGCAUCUUUGAACCCUCGAGCAGUCGGAUGGCGCAUGUUGUCGGCGGCGGCCUUGCAGGCAGGGGGCAUCAUGCUCCGAUAGUGGCUACAGCAUACCAUCCGCACCGCAUGUUGCUGGCGUGUGCAGCGUUGGGAGAUGGGCACGUGAGUUUGGUGACCUACUGAGAGGAUAGCCGAAGCCGGUGAAGGGCUCAGGAUCACUUUAAUGUGUCUGGGUCGUGAGAAAAAGCUCUGGUGUCUUCUGCGGCGAACAAUUUGGCGAAGCCCGCGAGCCAAGUUGAGGACGCUGUUUCCUUGCACGGAGACAGCAUGCAAGCUGUGCUUUCGCUAAGGCUGUAUCACUCAACUUCGGCUGCAAAUGGACGCUUUGUGAAGAACUCUGGGGUAUGCUCACCUGAUGGACCAUAUUCGAAGCAGCCCAGCGAGCUUCGAGCACCAGAUGACGAGCACGUCCACAUCAACGUUAAUACCGUUCUUUCUUUACGAUGGUCGGGAAUGUAGUGGUAGUAUCAAGGGCGUAUGGAUGCUCUUCCAGCGGACGGGCUAGUCAUGGGUUUGGGACGGAGAGCACAAUCACGACGGGGGGAGCAAGUAAUGGCGAGUUUCAUCCAGCGGGCGUUCAUCACUGUAGUACUGUAUCCAAUACACAUGGCACUAAUGUUGCCCAGCCUGUGCUGUCCUGUCCACGUCCCAAGUGUCUGGUCUCCCCUUGCCAUCGAGAUC